GACAACUAAAAUGCUGUCAAAAGAAAUGUCAAAUUUAUAAAAUGUCAGAAAUCACCAAAUUUACUAAAAAUCGCGAUUGAAUUGGUUUUGCUGUUUAAUAUUAUUAAUAAAUUAACUUUUCCACUUUUCAAAUUUGGUUAAAAAUCGGUCAUUUUUAGAUUUAGCAUUGGAUUAGUGUGUUUGUAAAAAAUGAUUUCUUUUUUAUCAACAUUUCAUGUCAUCAUGACAAUUCGAAUUUAAAUUAAAUCCUCUUCUUCGCUUUCAUCUCGCUUCUUUCUUUUCGCCCACCGGAAAAAUGUUUAGUGCUACAACACAUUUGAAUCGAGGUGGUUAUGGUAGCAUAAGGAAAACAUUUCGAUUUUAUAGUAAAGAUAACAAAAGGAAACGAAGUAAAGCAUAUCCACCUCCUUUACCACAAUAUGAACCACCAAAACGAUUAAGAAGAAUGUCUCGAAUUUGCCCCCCUUUACCACAAGCACAUCCGCCACCUAAAGCACCCAGCACGGGGCUUGGAGCAACAUUAGUGGGGUUGGCGUUAAUAAGUUGGGGUGUAAUAGCUUUUGCAAAAUACAAUUCUAAUUUCCGCGAGACACUCAACGAAAAGAUUCCGUUCACCGAUGACCUCGUAAAGUUACUUUAUGAGGAAGAAAAAUCUUUCGUCGAUAAUAUUCGUGAUUUUUUUGAUAAGUUUUGGUGAAAUAUAAUUGAUUUAUGUCAUUUUAAUCCUCGCGGAAUCAUGUUUAGGAUUGUUAGUUCAUCCGCAACGCAUUUUAACCAAGGAAAUUUUAGUAGCGGAAAUGGAAUGAUCUAUAAAAAUGUGCAAUGUUAUAGUAAAGAAUGUCAAAGAAGGAGGGGUAAACCAACGAUUUGUCAAUCUUUUUCGCGGUCUGAAUCACCAAAUCAAGUUAAAAAGAUAACAUGUCGAGGUAGAGGUUCGUCCCGGCUUUGUCCACCUUUACCAGAAGCUUCUCCACCUCCGAAAGCACCAAGUACAGGGCUUGGAAUGACGAUUAUAGCGCUUAUAUUAAUCAUGGGUGGAGUGAUUGCUUACGCGAAACAAAAUCCGCAGUUUCGGGAUGAUCUCAAUGAGUAUUUUCCGAUUAGUGAUGAAAUAAUAAAGGUGGUUUUUGAGGAGGAAAAAUCUUACAUGGAGAGUAUCCACCAAUACAUAGAUUCCUUAAAAGGAGAGUAAUACAUAGAUAAAUGUAACAUU